CUGAUGGGUUAAAGUCAUAAACGUCCAGUUUUCUCGUUCUCUCUUUUCUUUUUGCGUCAGGUAUUCUAAAAGAGAAGCCAGUCCGAGCUCAGAGGGAGGUAGAGAGAGGUAGAGGAACAGUGAGGGAGAGAGACAUGGGCUGAGCAGACGUUGACAGGCAACCCCGCUAGCCAAUCAGGAGAGAGCUCUCAGCGUGAUUUACAGCCGCGGGGGCUGCGAGGAGGAGGCGCGAUGCGGGGAAAAAAAGCAAAUAGUUGAGUGAACAGCAUCAGUAGAGAGUGGAGUGGAGGAGACCGCAGAGAGGGAGCAGGGUGCCAAGAGGAGACACAGCCAGAAAAAAAAAAAAAACAAAGAGGACAAGUCUGAAAUGUUCCUCCUGCUUUAGGGGUCAUCGCAGAAGAUAACAUGCAUAUCUUGUUUUUCUUGUAUGGAUUAUGAUUUCUUUUUUCAAACUCCUUUCCAGACUGCUCUCAUCACUCCAGCAGCACUGCGCUUCAUUGGAAUGUGCGCUGUAGCUUCUCCGGGACGCAUCUGAAAAGCAAGACAGCGGUGCGAGAAAAGAAAAAAGCUUCAGCUGACAUUAAAACUGUUUCAAAAAUUCCAAAAUGCCUCUUUUUUAAUGGGACCACUUCAAGAAAAUCGGACAGAUUUCUCCGGACGCCUUACACAUUUUUGGAGACUUUUACGCAUUUUGGAGACUUUUGCCUCCGGACUUACAUGGGUGAUGGAAAUUGAUUCUUUCACUCACAGGGGAUAAUAAGGUUUAUGAUAUUUUUUCCCAAGUGCACUUGUUUUUCCGGCGAUGAUUGUGCUUUUGAUUGUCCUGUGCAUCACGGAUGGAGUGCUCUCUCAGAUACGCUACUCUGUGCCGGAGGAGGCGGACCAUGGCGCCUUGGUGGGGAAUAUCGCCGAGGACCUGGGACUGGACCUUACCAAACUGGCCUCCCGCCGCUUCCAGGUGGUGCCCAGCUCUCGGACACCAUACCUGGAGGUGAACCUGGAGAACGGCGUUCUAUUCGUUAGCGAGAAAAUCGACCGGGAGCAGAUCUGCAAGCAGAGCGCCAGCUGCCAGCUCAACAUGGAGGUGUUCUUGGAGAACCCGUUAGAGCUGUUUCGGGUCGAGAUCGAGGUGGUGGACAUUAACGACAACCCACCCAGCUUCCCAGAGACAGACAUCACGGUGGAGAUCUCAGAGAGCGCCACUCCGGGCACCCGUUUCCCCCUGGAGAGCGCGUUCGACCCGGACGUGGGCUCCAACGCUUUACGCACGUAUGAUAUCACCACUAACAACUACUUUUACCUGGACGUGCAGACCCAAACGGACGGGAACAAGUUCGCGGAGCUGGUGCUGGAGAAGCCGCUGGACCGGGAGCAGCAGGCGGCGCACAGGUACGUGCUGACCGCGGUGGAUGGUGGUCAGCCUCCCCGGACUGGCACCGCGCUGCUGGUGGUCAAAGUCUUGGACUCUAACGAUAACGUGCCAGUGUUUGAGCAGCCUGUUUACACAGUAAGCCUCUCGGAGAACGCACCAGUAGGCACGCUGGUCAUCCAGCUGAACGCCACCGACAUGGACGAGGGUCUUAACGGGGAGAUAGUUUAUUCCUUCAGUAACCACAUCUCCAACCGCGUAAAGGACCUGUUCAGCAUCGACCCGCGCACCGGGCGCAUCGAGGUGCGCGGAGAGGUGGAUUUCGAAGAGAGCAGCCUGUAUCAGAUCUUCGUCCAGGCUAAGGAUCUGGGGCCGAACGCCGUGCCCGCGCACUGCAAAGUCCUGGUCAAAGUCACCGACCUGAACGACAACGCACCGGAGAUCACCUUCAGCACCGUCACCGAGUCUGUGAGCGAAAAAGCGGUUCCGGGCACCGUCAUCGCCCUGCUGAGUGUGACGGACCUGGACGCAGAGGAGAACGGACAGAUCCACGUGGAAAUCCUCGGUGAUGUCCCCUUCAAAUUAAAAUCCUCCUUUAGGAAUUAUUUCACCAUAGUGACCGACGGGCCGCUUAACCGGGAGCAGGCGGACUCCUACUCCGUCACUGUGGUCGCGCGGGAUAAAGGUACGCCCUCACUCGCCACCAGUAAGUCCAUCAGAGUCCAGGUGUCAGAUGAGAACGAUAAUGCGCCCACAUUUACGCAGAGCAUAUAUGAUGUGUAUGUGACUGAGAAUAAUGUGCCAGGGGCGUACAUACACGCUGUGACGGCUGUGGACCCGGACAUCGGGCAGAACGCGCUCAUCAGCUACUCCAUAUUAGAGUGUGACAUCCAGGGCAUGUCAGUCAAAACCUAUGUGUCAAUCAACGAGGAGACAGGUUAUCUGUAUGCACUCAGGUCCUUUGAUUAUGAGCAGCUGAAGGAUUUCACAUUCAUGGUCCAGGCCAGAGAUGCGGGCACCCCGGAGCUCUCCUCCAACGCCACAGUCAAAGUCAUCAUCGUAGACCAAAAUGACAAUGCCCCCCUGGUGCUGGCCCCCCUGGGGAAAAACGGCACAGCCAAGGAACCCCUGCCCCGCUCAGCUGAGCCAGGCUACCUGGUGACCCGCAUUGUGGCCAUGGAUGCAGAUGAUGGUGAGAAUGCCCGGCUGUCCUAUAGCAUCCAGAGGGGGAACGAGAAUGGUAUGUUCAGGAUGGACUGGAGGACGGGUGAACUCCGGACGGCAAGGCGGGUGUCGGCCAAGCGAGACCCCCACCAGCUGUAUGACCUGCUGAUCGAGGUGAGAGACCAUGGCCAGCCUCCGCUGUCCUCCAGUGCCAGUGUGCUGGUGAUGCUGGUGGACAGCGUGGCAGAGGGCCGUGGCGGCGGGGACCGAGGAGGCGCCACCAAGGCCAAAGAUGGCACCCUGGACCUGACCCUCAUCCUCAUCAUCGCCUUGGGUUCCGUCUCCUUCAUCUUCUUGCUGGUCAUGAUCGUGCUGGCUGUGCGCUGCCAGAAGGAUAAAAAGCUCAACAUUUACACCUGCCUGGCCAGCGACUGCUGCCUGGGCUGCAGCUCCUGCUGCUCACGGCAGAGCCGGGCUCGCAAGAAAAAGCUCAGCAAGUCGGAUAUCAUGCUGGUGCAAAGCGCCGUUAACGUCAGCGGGGCCGGUACGGCUCAAGUCCCUGUGGAGGAGUCAGGGAGCUUCGGCUCCCACCACCAAAACCAGAACUAUUGCUACCAGGUAUGUCUGACUCCAGAGUCUGCCAAAACCGACCUCAUGUUCCUAAAGCCGUGUAGUCCAUCUAGGAGCACAGACACCGAUCACAACCCGUGCGGGGCCAUAGUGACAGGGUACACAGACCAGCAGCCUGACAUCAUAUCAAACGGCAGCAUUUUAUCAAACGAGACCAAACAUCAGCGAGCUGAACUCAGCUACCUGGUUGACAGGCCGAGACGUGUCAACAGUUCGGCUUUCCAGGAGGCAGACCUGGUCAGCUCCAAAGACAGCGGCCACGGAGACAGCGAGCAGGGAGACAGCGAUCACGACGCCACCAAUCGAGGCCAUUCCUCCGGCGCUGAUCUGUUCUCUAACUGCACGGAGGAGUGUAAGGCCCUGGGCCACUCCGAUCGCUGCUGGAUGCCGAGCUUCGUGCCCUCCGACGGGCGCCAGGGCCCGGACUACCGCAGCAACCUCCACGUGCCCGGCAUGGACUCAGUUCCGGACACAGAGGUAUUUGAAAGCCCUGAGCAAACGGCUGAUAAGUCAUUCUCCACCUUUGGCAAAGAGACGCCUCUCAGUCACCAACACCAACACCUCCACCACCACCACCACCUUCUCCAAAACCAUCACCUCAGCCACCACCACGGCUCCUUAGAGAGGAAAGAGUUGGAAGCAUUUCUGCCUAGCUCCAGAGCACCUUAUAACCCAGCUUAUUUAACGAGGAAAAGGGUUUGCUAGCUCUUUUCGUGUGGACAUACCAGAGACCGCGUGACUUUGCACAAUCACCCCCCCCCCUCCGACAACUAGGCUAUAAAAAAAUCAUCAAGUUUUCAACCUAUUUUUUUGUUGCCCCCCAACCCCUCCCUUCCUCAUUCCUCCUCACCCAGCAAAAAAUAAAAAAUAAAAACACACACUACUACACACGAAAUGAGGAACCUUGUGGGUAACGAGCCCCUUAAGGAACUUCCCCCCCCCCCCUUUUCUGGAAUUCCUUGGAGCACUGCCGGGGCGUUGAGGGCACCCCACCCUCUGGAUAAGGAGACGUGGAAGGGGCGGGAGGGUUGUGGGAUGAAUGGGUGCAGGUAGGUAGACGGAUAGCCUUACCGGGAGGACCCCAUUAUCUCAGCCGGACUGAGAAUCUGAAAACAAACAGAGGAGGAGGACGGACAGCGAUGGCGGGAGAGAUGAAAGGGGACAAUAAUCUCUCCAUCCUUUUCCAAUCUGUGUGUGCCUGUUUACAGCACUGAUGUAUACAUCUUUGAGGAAACUAAAACCAGACGAGGACUACAUAUGUGUACUGAAAGACAAAUCAAAAGGAGAGCCACCCACAGAAAAACCGCCACUGAGCCCUUUAGGCGUUUGUACUCGCAGAGAGACGCCAAAUUGUACAGGAGAAUCUUUGUGCAUUUCAAAAUGCAAUACCACUGUUUUAGAUUUUUCUAUUCUGUUCGUGUGGUCAGGUGUCUCUAUUCCGAUCUACUUCAAACUUUGUAAGAAAAGAUUGUGGGCAGGAUGUAUUUUUUUAAUUUAUGUUUUUUUUUAAUUCUGAGUUGUACUCAUUUUUGUUCUUUUAUUUGGCUUUGGGUUUGGUUUUUUUCACCACAUCGUGGGCUUUGGACAGUGUUUGGCCUACACUUUUCUGAUUCUGAAGAGUCAAGUAGUUUCUAUCAUGUGUGAGAAGUGUUUACUGUACUCUUUUAAAAAGUUUCAAGCUGAAUAUAAAACUCUAUAUAUAAAUCUAUCUAUAUCUACUUGUUCUGAAGGCGUGCUAUCCGUUUGCUGGGUUCCAGAUUCUGAUUCAGAGGUUUGACUCUUGUUUAAGUGCCCCUGAAGAAGGCAUGUUGUUUUUUUCCCAGUGGGAGACAUAAAGAGAGACAGAACAGCCUUAGCAGAUGUAAAACUCAAGUUCUCAUUGUUUGACAUUAUUUCAUCAUUUUUUUUCCACUUUUUGAUAUUGAUAAAGAUCAUGUCUAUAAAUAAAAAGGAGGUAAUAAUUUAGAUUGAAAUCCAUGGUAAUUCUGUGUCAUUGUAACCAAAACUUUAAGGGUCCAUUUAUAAAGAAACAGAAGAAAAACAUGGCCAAAUGCAAAAAGGUGUUGUACACAAUGCAGUUGGAAUCCAGUAUACACACAUUUCUUUCUCACACAUUACAAACACAAACACACCAAUAUGCCAACAAUAAACUGAAAAAUGG